AUGAAUGACCCUGCCCGCCAGCACACCCCCAGGACACUGGCUCGCAGAGUCCUCCCGGUACGGCCCCCUGCCUCUGCUCUGCUAAGUGCUCUGUCACAGGGCUGCCAGGGGCAGGAGGCAUAUGCCACCAAAUCCCUGAGCAGCAGCAACAGUAGCAGUAGCAGCAGCAGCAGCAGUAGCAGGAGCAGCAGUAGCAGUAGCAACAGUAGCAGUAGCAGCAGCAGCAGCAGCAGUAGCAGUAGUAGCAACAGUAGCAGCAGCAGCAGCAGCAGCAGCAGUAGCAGGAGCAGUAGUAGCAGCAGUACCAACAGUAGCAGUAGCAGCAGCAGCAGUAGUAGCAACAGUAGCAGCAGCAGCAGCAGCAGUAGCAACAGUAGCAGCAGCAGCAGCAGCAGUAGCAGGAGCAGUAGUAGCAGCAGUACCAACAGUAGCAGUAGCAGCAGCAGCAGCAGUAGCAACAGUAGCAGUAGUAGCAGCAGUAGCAGCAGCAGC